AUGGCCCUGCAAGACAGAGCUGCAGUGCUGAGCUCUACAGCUCUGCGCGUAGCUGCCUACAUCUUCCUCAGGUGGAUUCCCGGCCAUCAUCUUCCUCCCGUAAUCUAUACCGCAUUUGCGUUGUACCUCCCUUUGUUCGUUGCCAGCUUCUUGACCCAGCCCAAAUACAAUGUGCUGGCCGAUGAUGUGGAUAUUACGAUUACAGAGACUGAGAUCGAGGAGCAGCCACCAGCUCUAGCAUCAACUGCUGCACAUUCAAAGAAUCUGCCAACACGAGAGAAGCCAACGGAGAUUGAAGAGGAAAUCGAAAUCGACGAGGCGAUCGUGCUGGGACUAAAGCAGUCGAAACCGUGGAGGACAUUGUUAACAGGUCUUCCGGACCCAACAUCCACAUUACUUUCUCUGGCUACCUUGGCCAUCAACGUGGCUUUGGUUUUGGCUGCUACGGACUUGCUAUACCGAGCCAAGGUCUACCAUCCUGAGAAUGGCAUGUCGUUUGCUCGAAUGGGAUAUGUCUCUCCUGUUGAGGCAAAUCUGUUGAUCAGAGAGCCAAAGCAAUCCGAGCUACCUAUUUUCGUCUCCUAUCGGCUUGCGGAUCAGACAGGAUCGUCUGAAGGUGCUGCGUGGAAAAGUGCCGGAGUGAUCACUGCUCUUGGAAACGAAACUGAUUAUACGGGAGCUGUCCGAUUCUCCAUCCCAAGUCAGCCGCACCAGACGUAUCAGUGGGCCACCUCAAACAAUCAUACUGGCUUUUUCACUGUCCCUCCAGCUGCCGGAAAGGUCUCCAAGCACGGUGACUUUACAUUCUUGACCUCGAGCUGUAUUAAGCCUCGCUUCCCUUACAACCCAGCGGACCAUGCGUUGGCAAUUCCAGGCUUCAAGCAUAUGGCGAAUGUGAUCAAAUUGAUUCCUGGAGGGGCUCAAUUUAUGCUUUUCCUGGGCGAUUUCAUCUACAUUGAUGUUCCUAAGCGCUUCGGGACAUCGGUAGAGGACUACAGACGGGAGUACCGCCAAAUUUAUGGAUCUCCAGACUGGCCGAGCGUUGGCCAGAAUCUCAGCUGGAUCCACGUGCUGGAUGACCAUGAGAUCGCCAAUGAUUGGGAUGGCAAUACUACCGGAGUUUACCGGGCAGCAGCAGACCCAUGGCACCACUAUCAGACAGCCGUCAACCCACCGCGAGCUCGCCAAGCUGGUGGCCUCGGUGUCCCCAGAAGCGAUGCGACAUACUUCGAGUUUACGCAAGGCCCAGCAUCUUUCUUCAUGAUGGAUACUCGUACUUACCGCAACUCCUCGAGCGAGCUUCCGAUUAACAGCACAGAAAAAUCCAUGCUAGGUCCAGACCAACUGCUUGAUCUGCUCGCCUUCCUCAAAAAGCCAGAGCCAAAGGGUGUCAAAUGGAAGAUCAUCGCAUCCAGCAUCCCUUUUACCAAGAACUGGCGUGUCAACGGCCACGAUACUUGGGCCGGCUACCUCGACGAGCGACAGAAGAUCUUGGAGGCCAUGUGGGAUGUUGGUCUUCGUGGGGGUGUUGGUGUAGUUGUUUUGUCGGGGGACAGACAUGAGUUUGCUGCUACCGCGUUCCCGCCUCCGCCGAAUGGGAAGUGGCCAGUUAGUGCAACUGUCAAUGAAUUCUCGACGAGUCCAUUGAGUCAGUUUUAUUUGCCUGUGCGGACCUACAAGCAGAAGGAUGAGGAGGAUGUUUUGGUCAAGUACAUCCCAGAUGGCAACUCGAAGCUUGGAGCUGUUACGAUCGAGAACACUAGUAGCGAUCAGAGUAUCCUCAAGUUCAGACUUUACGUUGACGGCGUCGAGACCUGGUCUUCGGUCUUGCUGUCGCCGCCGGCUAUUACUGGCAACUGGUGGAGUAAGGAUGCCGUUUGGGGUUAG